AUGAAUAAAAAAAUAAUAAUUUCAAUAAUAAUUGGAUUAUUAUCCAUAACUUUCGUUCAAGCAUCUACAGUUCAGAGUCAAUUUUUUAAUCCAUUAUCAAUUUUUUCUGGUAUUGGAAAUUUAUUUGAUGGAGUAACAAAAGGGAUUCAGAAUAUAUUUGAAACAUUUCUAAAAGAAAUUAUUCCACAGUCAGUAUUAGUUGAUCCAAAAUAUGAUAUAAGGUCAAUAACAUCAGUACAACAAGAUAUAUUGAAGAAUAUGCCAAUAUUAGAAAAUGAUUUAAAUACUGUUGGUGAGAUAGUAAAUGAAAUGGCAGUAGGAGCAAGUAUAAAUGCAGCAAAAGGAUUACAAAUAAGUCAAUCAGUAUUAAAACCAGAUAUGACAGGAGCAAGUGAAGUAUUAAAAAAUUUGAAAUCAGUAAAUACCACUGAUACUAAACAGAGUUUAAAAUCGGUAGCAAAAGCAAAAUCUCGUGAAUUUCUUGAAUCAUUAGCAAAACCAUCAGAAAUUGUUUCUGAUUAUACAGCACCAAUUAUUGUUAUACAAGCACCAGAAACUGAUCCAACACAAUUAAUGACAAUUCAUGAUAUUAUUAAAUGUAGGGGUGGUAAGAAUUGGAUUACUACUCAAGAACAUAUGAUAAAAAUGAAAGAAUAUAAAAAACUUAAAGGUAAAAAGAAGAAGCUUUUGGAUGAAGAGAUUAAUCAGAUUAACGAGUUACUUGAUGAAAAAGAUGCUAUAAUGACUGAUUUAAGAAAUAAGCUCAGAGCAAAUGAAGUAAAGAUGGUUGAAAAUCCAUCAGAUGUUAAUACACUUGAAAAUCAAUUACUUAAUCAACAAAUGAGUUAUUUGGCAGAAGAAAUUGUUGUAUUAGAUAAACAAUUGGAAAAAUUACAAGCAAAAAAAUGA